AAAUGUCUAGAUGUGUACCAAAACCCAGCAUGGAAACCAGCCGAGUCAAAUCUCUCAAAGAACCUGUUAUGAGAGAUCUUUACAGUUUUAGAGAAGCCCCUGCAAAUGUUUAGGAACUGAAUACUACCAGAACUUAAUGUCCUUUCUGAUUGAGAUAUAGUUCAUACACACUGACUUGUAUCACAGUGGUUGGGCAUUUGAAGCAGCUUACCAAAUAUCAAGCCGUGUGUUGGAAACUCAGUCCAGGCCUGUUUAUGAGGCAGUACUAAUUGAUUGCUACUAAAUUUCUUUGUUGAAUGGAAGUUGGAGGUUUCCCCAUGUGUUUCACGAGCUUGGAAGCGAUCAAAUUAUUGAUAUCUGGUCAGCAAACUCAACUGGUAUGGCAUGUGAUUAUCCUAUUGAUGCUGAGUUUGGGUGCGAUGUCUACUAAGUGAAUCCCGUGGUUCCUGUAAGCAUCCAUUUACCUUGAUUUCUCUUAUACAAAUGGAGGGAAAAGCAUCUAUUUGUGAAGAUUCCUGCACAUCCACUAGUAUUUGGAGAUAGAUUUCAAGGGAAUAUGUUUCUUUUUGGACUGUGAGAUGCUUUUCUUAUGCCACUGCUUUUGUUUCGGAACAAAUCAUAAAUUUAUCCCAGAUUAGGUUCCAGGGAAGAAUCAAUGAAUUUCUUGGCAAAAUACUACACUUUUUAACCAAAGCAAUGAAAGUCUUGUAAAAAAAGUUACUUGGUGAAUUGUGGCAUUGGCAGGUAUCUAAUUACAAGUCUUAGUGUAUUGCAAAUAGUUAAUUUUUAGGGGUUUUUUUAUUUUCUAAUAAUUUCUACUAGGAGUGACAAGCCCGGAGUGUAGAAUGUCGCUUUGAAUGGUUUUCAAUAUGGUUAAAGUCAUAAUAAUUUUAAUUAAUUUGUGAAUUGUAGUAUUUAAAAGAAAUCUGGCUUUUCAUGCAUGCUCUUACAUGAGAUGAUGGAUGAAAUCUUCAUUUAGGGCUAAGAAUAUGCUAAUCCUCAGUUGUUGAACAUGGCAUUCUUGCAUUUAGGGAAGGCACUUGUCCCUUGGAAAGUUAGGACAUAUUCUUAUCUAACAAAAGGGAGAAAGUGAGAUAAAAUGUAAUUAAAAGUUGCACUAUCACUAUUCUUGAUAAGAAGGAAAGGGAGAAAAAGCUUAAAAAAAAAAAAAGGAAAAUAAAGAUGGCAUUCUUUUGUGACAGACAGAUUUUGGCUAAGAAAGAAUUGAAAAAUAAAGGCAAAUGUGCCAUCAUCUUCCCUACCAGUUUAGCUUUCAUUCCGUUUCUGUUAAAGUGAUUUGAUAUUAUUGUGUCCAAAUUUUUAAUUUUAUUUUUAGUCUAAAAGGAAGGAACUGAAUUCUAAUUUUUUGGAGAAAAUUAGGAAGAAUAAUAGCUUCUUAAAUCAUCAUAUAUCCUAACCUUGCAAUUAAUUCCAAGAAGCUUUGAGGAUAGUGAUGGAAUGAAAUAAGUUAAUAAAAGAAAUAAAGAAGUGAGAGAGAAUUAAUAAAUAUAAGCAUACAGACAUUACAGAAAAAAUUAUAAUUCAUAUAAUCGUUGUGUAAUAUGAAAUAUGCAAUGGUUUUGUAAAAAUUGAACCUAAAAAGAAUGUUAAGUGGGCCAUUACCCAAACCCAAAACAAGAGGCUCCUUAUUCAUAUCCAAACCUUAGAUUUCAUUUCCUUGCAACAAAAUAUCAAAAUAGAUCAUAAAUGUGCCUUCUCCUGCCCCCUAACCCUUAUUAUAAUUUGUGAUUCCUUGACUUGCCUUUGUUUCAAACUCAGGUAUCACCAUCAUCGCUUAGGAGGUUCCACCAUUCUGCCCAAUAAUAAUGAAUUGCCAGUAUAACAGGAAAAUAAAUAAAAAAAAAAUCUUAAAAAAAAAAUCUCAUUGUUCAUUUUAUAUGUAUAUAAAUAUUGUCUGGCAGCUGGAAGGUGAAUUAAAAGACUGGGGGGGUGGGCUGGGGCAUGAAAGUCGAAACCACCGUCUGUCCAGUUUCCGCCAUUGUCGAUCUCAUCAUCGGUCAUCAUGACCAGCUCCUCCGCCACCUCCCGCAAGGCUCUAAGCAAGAUCGCUUCGAAUCGACUCCAGAAGGAGCUGGUCGAGUGGCAGGUCAAUCCACCCGUGGGGUUCAAGCACAAGGUCACCGAUAAUCUUCAAAGGUGGGUAAUUGAAGUGAAUGGAGCUCCGGGAACGCUUUAUGCCAAUGAAACGUACCAUCUUCAGGUCGAUUUUCCUGAGCACUAUCCCAUGGAAGCGCCACAGGUUAUAUUUUUGCAGCCGGCUCCCCUGCACCCUCACAUCUACAGCAAUGGCCAUAUUUGUUUAGAUAUCUUGUAUGAUUCGUGGUCCCCAGCCAUGACCGUCAGUUCAAUUUGUAUCAGCAUUCUCUCCAUGCUAUCAAGUUCAACUGUGAAGCAACGCCCAGAAGACAAUGAUCGGUAUGUCAAGAACUGUAGAAAUGGCAGAUCUCCAAAGGAGACAAGGUGGUGGUUCCAUGAUGAUAAAGUAUAAAUAACAGAGCAUCUUUCUGCUUUUUAGUUUAUGCGAUUUGGAGGCAUUUAUCUUCCUUGGAAGGAAAUUGUGAAACAAAGAACAAGGUAAAAGCAAAAAGGUUCUGGGAAGUAUUGAGGGCUUAAUUUAUGCUGUAAGUUAGUAGGUGGUAUUUGUAAAUGAAGUGGGAAAAAGAAACUUCUUUCUGGUAACUGGUGACUUAUUUAUAAGGGAUAACUCUGCACCUACUCUCAACCUGAACACUAUAAAUCGUUACUGUGCCUGUGAUCUAUUAUUGUCGCCUCUAACUCUAGUAUUCUCUUGUCCCGAAUCACAAUUUGAGUGAUUCAUUUGUGUCUUAACUCAUUUUCAGCUUCUUGUUUA